CAGUCUGAGGUGGUUUACUCAGUCUGGGCGGGGUGUGGUGGCAGCCCCAGCCAAUCAGGCAUUUUUUUCACGGGCAGACUAGCGAGCGAAGUUGACUGUGAGACAACCAGUCUAGAGUAAGUCUGAUUUCAGGAUGGAUGCAAUACCUUGUUGUCUCAUAUUUUCGCUCAUGUUCUUUGGAACUGGGAUUCAAGAAACGGAAGCCUUGCAAUGCUACUGCCAGCGCUGCCCCAACUCCACCUGCUACACGGACGGCCUUUGCUACGCCUCCAUCACCAAAUCGGGCAACCAGCAGAUCAAGCGGCAGAGCUGGUGCCUGCGUGACAACGAGCUCAUCCCCCGCGACCGCCCCUUCGUCUGCGCCCCCUCCACCAAGGACAACACCGGCAUCUACCCCAUGUGCUGCAGUACCGACCUCUGUAACAAGAACCCCAACCUCAGCUUUCCCGUUCCUACGGUGAAGCCCCCCUCUCUGGGUCCGGUGGGCCUGGCGGCAGUGAUCGCGGUGCCGGUGUGUGUCCUCUGCUUCAUGCUGGUGACGGUCUUCUACUUCUGCCACAGCCGCUCCGUCAUCCACCACCGCGUGCCCAACGAGGAUGACCCCUCCAUGGACCACCCCUACAUCACCGUGGGAACCACCCUCAAGGACCUCAUCUACGACAUGACCACCUCCGGAUCUGGCUCAGGUCUGCCGUUGCUGGUGCAGAGGACCAUUGCCAGGACCAUCAUCCUGCAGGAGAGCAUCGGGAAGGGCCGCUUUGGCGAGGUGUGGCGGGGGAAGUGGCGCGGGGAGGAGGUGGCAGUCAAAAUCUUCUCGUCCCGCGAGGAGCGCUCCUGGUUCCGCGAGGCCGAGAUCUACCAGACCGUCAUGCUCCGCCACGAGAACAUCCUGGGCUUCAUCGCCGCCGACAACAAAGAUAACGGGACCUGGACUCAGCUGUGGCUGGUGUCUGACUAUCACGAGCACGGUUCUCUGUUCGACUACCUGAACAGGUACACGGUGACGGUGGAGGGCAUGAUCAAGCUCUCCCUGUCCACAGCCAGCGGCCUCGCCCACCUGCACAUGGAGAUCGUCGGCACGCAAGGCAAGCCGGCCAUUGCUCACCGGGACCUGAAGUCCAAGAACAUUCUGGUGAAGAAGAACGGCACCUGCUGCAUCGCUGACCUGGGCCUGGCAGUGCGCCACGACUCCGCCACCGACACCAUUGACAUUGCGCCCAACCACCGAGUCGGCACCAAGAGGUAUAUGGCCCCUGAGGUUCUGGACGACUCGAUAAAUAUGAAGCAUUUUGAGUCGUUCAAGAGGGCAGACAUCUAUGCCAUGGGCCUUGUUUUCUGGGAAAUAGCCAGCAGGUGUUCGAUCGGAGGUAUCGUUGAAGACUACCAGCUGCCGUACUACGACCUGGUGCAGUCAGACCCCUCCGUGGAGGAGAUGCGCAAGGUGGUGUGUGAGCAGAAACUUCGACCGAACAUUCCCAACCGGUGGCAGAGCUGUGAGGCACUCCGGGUGAUGGCAAAGAUCAUGAGGGAGUGCUGGUAUGCUAACGGCGCUGCCCGGCUAACCGCUCUACGCAUCAAGAAGACCCUGUCUCAGCUCAGUCAUCAGGAGGGCAUCAAGAUGUAGAGGCCCCCCACCCCCAAACCAACCUACCAACCCCACCCAACCAACCCCACCCUUCAGAGCCACAGACUCUGCCAGCAUCACUUAAACACUUACUCUCAUUGUAAUUAUCCGUAUGGUUUAUUAUUGUUAUCAUGAUCGUGAGAAGGCACUUUGGUCCUCCCUGAUAGUGACGAAGACCACUAAACCGGGCAACUGACGGGUGUAUCUCUUGUUUCGUAACCUCUGUGGAGUGAUGGUCAGUCCUCUCUAUCAGGAUGGCGAGGCAGAGAUCUUUGAGAGAACAGGGGUAACGGGAGGGGUGAUCAGAAAGCAGCAGGUUGGACCUCAGUGGACCUCAGUGCGCCCUUCUGCCACCAUCAAUGACCCUUCUCAUGGUGCGCAAGCGACCCUUGUCCGCAUCCUCGUUUAUGAUUGGUCAGAUCGCAGCUGUGCUGAGGGUGAACCGAGACGUGUGCUCAUGAUUGGCUGUUAGCCCACCUCAGUUCCCCAGUUAGCAAUGCGCUCGGCCAAACAGGACGGACGCACCGAAACAGCGAGCCUUACCGGGGUCUUAGGCCACGGCGGGAGAUGUGCGGGAGUCAGGCGAGGAUGGCCCCUCUUUGGAUGAACAGGGACCAGCCUGCUAUCAAUGCUGUUCUUCAAAGACUGAAUGAAAUAUUUACGUUUGUUCUGCUUUUGUUUGUUUUUCUUUCUCUGAAAAAAAAGAACUGAUCGCUCCGUGGAACACUUUGCACCUUUUUUUUCUCCACGUGAUUAUGUUCUUAUACUCUUUCACCGCUGCGGUCUUCAGGUCAGUAUAACUUAGUGUAACUUAUUUGUCAUAACUAUUUUUCUUUUUUCAAACAAACUGGACAUGACCUCAUUUUCACUCUUGGCAAACAUGCUGUGACAUAUGCAAUAUAGAUAAAUCCUUAUCUAUUCUAUAUAUAUUUACUGCUCUGCUACAACAACUACCAACAACAACAAGUACUACUACAACAACAACAACAACGACACAACACAACCAUGCCUUUCAAACCAGGUGUUACCGGAAUGUGCCACAGCUCUAGAACCACCAACCCCUCUGCCCAUGCUGCCUAGGAGAUCCCUACCCCCCACGCAAGGAUGGCCAACCUAGGAAAAACAGGAAGUCUUUACCGGGGCUUGCGACAGCAUCCCCGUUACGUGGGUGAAAGUGUGUGUGUCUGUGGAGUGGAGUGGAGUGGAGUGGGGUGGGGGUGUGUGUGUGGGGGGGGUCUUCUCCAGACAGCCAGUUCCCCAGUGCCAUUUCCUGUCUGCAUCCUCCUCUUCAUAGGCUGUUGUGAGGAAGAGCAGCGCCUAUGCCUUCUGCUCCGCCUAAGUCCACCUCCUCAGAAACCUCCAGACGCACCUGGUCAGGUUGGUGUGUGUGUGUGGGGGGGGGGGGGGGGGGGGGAGGGGACAGGUACCGCAUUACAACUGCUGCCAUUUUUAACAGAGAGAAUGGACCAAACACAGGACCUAGAGCAAAACCAUGCUCUUGUCACACCCUUCAGAAACUCACCUCGGGGUAGGCUUUUUUUUUUUUUUUUUUUUUUUUCAAAACAGAAUUUAUGUGUCUGGUUUGUGGACAUCACCUUAAUCAGAAAGGCUGACUUUUUUGGCCCUGUCCAUGCCUCUGUCUGCUCCUCACGUGAACAGAAACGGCUGGAAAGCCUGGCUUAUGUGCCACCUUUCUCAGUGAUGUAACAAGCUAUCGGAAAAAUAAGACCACUGAUUAUCUGACACCUACGAGAGUGUGAUUAUGAUGUCACAAUGAAAACAUAAAGGAGUCAUGUCAGCAUCACUGAAGUUCGUCAGUCCCCUUGACAAAGACGAUUUCUCUCGUUAUUUUGUCAAGGGCACGUCAACCAACUGAUCAAGUAUUGGUAAAGAGGGUGAAGUGCAUCCAUUGAAAUAUAGCAAAUGAAUAUUUACUAAGCCAUAGGUUUUCCAACGUUUUGUGGCAAUGUUUUUCUACUAGAAUGUACAUUUUAUGAUGAAAAAAAAAUGUAACAUACAAUACUUCAUAUUUCAGUAGAGCAAGCCUUAAGGGACCAAUAGAGACAGGUUUGCUCUUGCUUUGUAAAAUGUAGGAUAUGAAAAUCAGAUUCAAAGCUCUGUGAAAAGGAAACUGUAAAUGUAGCACCAGGUAGUAGUUUAUAUUUUUGAAAGAUAGACCAUAUUGCCACACAUAUGUGCUAGGAGUUUGAUUUGGGACUAUUAUUCUUUUUUUUUUUGCUAAAUUAACUGUCUGGUUGAAAACAAGAUAGUGUCAGCAUCUGAUUUGCCAUAGAAUUUUGUACACAAUUUGGUUGUAGGGCAGGUUCACCCCCACCUCCACCCCCACACAGUGGAAUGUGAUCCCAUGUUUUAGUCAUAUUUUUCCCCUCUUUUUCCUGAUCUACAACAGCACUUUAGCAUGAGAGUAUUGUUACUUUCUUCGUCAUGACCAGUAAGAUUUCUGAAUGUCAGUAGCGUGACGGCAGUCUUGUCUCACGUCACGCCAUCCAUGUGGUUCGCCUUAUGCGCUUCAGCCCUUAAAAACCCACCACUCCAAAACGAUGCGUCUGUUCCGGUCAGCAAUAAGUGCCCUUCCUGCACACCCUGUGUCUGUGUGGUAAUAUGGUAGCACCCGUGUCUGUGUGGUAACCAUGGUAGCGAGUGAAGCUCGGAUCUGCACUUGUACGAUGUUGGAGUUUUGUCGAAAGCAUUUUGUCGCCCACUGCGGCUUCUGACUCUGUUGGCGCUACGGGGGUGGAGGUGGGGGGGCUCUGUUUGUCCCGGGCGGCACGAUGCACACUAUCGGAUGUACAUAUCCCCAAAUGCAUGAUGGAAGAAUGGCCUUUCACCAGGAUCUUUUUUUUAUUAUUAUUAUUGUGCCAGGGGCGAAGGGGUGGUGUGGGCUUCUGACUUGGUUUGGCCACACCCUUUUCCUAACUCUCUUUAGAGAAAAUGCCAGGCCACUGUCUGGUCACAGUUGAAUUGGUGAAGCAUUAACUAAAUAUCUAUGGAGCGUUUACUUACUUUUUGAAGACAGAUUUGUCUGCGUGCUUGGCCAGUAUUGCCUAGUAUUGCAUUCUUUUGUUCAGUGUUGUUUUUGUUUUGUCCCUGACCAGGGAGCCCCAACCCUGUUGAUUCGGUCUGGGCCUUUAUGCAAUACCAAUGGUUCCUGUUACAUGCUGAGAAAUGUUAUAAAAAAAAUCCUGAAUGAAGUUAUCUUAGACAUUUGUGGAUAGGAAUAAAACUAUUAUCAAUAAUAUUUAAAUGUUUAUGUUUCUGUGUAUCAGUGUGGGAAACACUUGGUCUUGUACAGUUGGGUAACAGAAAUCAUAUGAACAAAACAGUGUAAGCUAUCCUAAUUAUUGCAUAAAAAAGCAUUGUAUAUAGCUGCUAUUUGAAAUGAUGGAAUGAUCGUUUCAUAGAGAUGAAAUUAAAUUAAUGAAGAUGAGAGAAUUCAGAUGUACGUUGUGGAGGGUUCUCUGUAGAGGAGAAUGGCCGUGUCGGAUAGUGUCCGCGGGUGGGGAGCGCUGUGGUCUCACUAUGCCAGAGCCUUCGCCAGGCCAACCCUCAUCUCUUUCCAAUAGCAUUUCUGUCUUAAGAAAAUCACCAGCAGCCUCUUUUACUUUCUUUUCUUUUUUUCUUUUUGCUGUUCGCAAAAACUUCAAAUGGUGGCUCAAGGUAAAAGCAUCACACACAUCCAGGUACUCCUAUUGUCUCUUGCGCUCUGUCAGCGACGUGCAGGUAUUUCUACCGGCCAUCAGGGCGGCGACACACCAGCUAUGACUUAAACCUACAAAUACAACUCAUACCUGUACACCUCUGGUUCCAUGCAAAUGAAUGGGUGCGGAGAGACGGGGGAACAUGUCUCCCUCGCCAUGGCAACAUGCCCAUCUCUCCGCAUUGCUCAUGUUUUCCUCGAUGUCAGACUUACAGCGCCUCUGGCCUUAUCUUCUACUCCAGCCAAGGGGAGAGAUAAGCAUGGAGUGCUCAGUGGACACACACACCAUUUGUGUGUGUGUGUUUUUUGUUUGUUUGUUUUUGUUUGUCAACACGCAGUUCAGGAGAAGAGGUAUGCAAUGUACCCUUUUGUUACCCAGACGCUAAAAUGUCGGCAGUUUCACCACCAGAUAUGCAAUUUGUGACACGAAACACAUUAUGCAGUCUUAUUUUUAUUUCUCCAUCACAACAAUGCACAGGACCUUCACAGUGUCGGGAUGGCAGUUUUUAAAUUAGUCUCUUUGUAUUGAGCAUGAUCCCGGCGAACCAGGGACGCCGAAGCCGCGCCUGACAUAAAAAUAAACACUAGUGAAUGUGCAUAAUGCAAACGGCUUGUCGUCCCAGGAACGACUGCCCCAGAAUAACAGCACAAUUAGCAUAACUCAAGUAAAGGUCAUGCCAAAACCAAAAGGGGGACCUGUUCUUCUUUAUGCAAAACUGUAUGGGCAACAUGCCCUUCGUCCUCGGGGCUGGCAUUUGCUUCAUUGACAACUGCAGCGUAAACAUAUGCAGACUCUGUGCUUAUCAAUUAACACUGUGACAAGAGACUGCCUAGGAAUGCACAGGAGCUUCAGAAAUACCAAAAAGUAAAAAAAAAAAAUUUAAAAAAAUCAAUAGAAUAAAAAACAGCACUUGCAUUUUUGAUUUGGGAAACUUGUGAAAACUGCCAGCUAACCAACAGCACAGGACAUUUUUGUUUGGGUCGCAAAAGGAUGUCAUUACCCAGGGUGCUUUUCUGCUCAGUGGCUGCUCCUGUGACAACAUUGUGUCAAAGGUAGAAGAAAGCUUUAUCAUGUUUUGUUUGGUGCCUAAGUUUGAAUAAAUAAACAUGCAUUUAAUUUUGUUAUUCCACCUAGACUGAUGCACAGCAUGUGGGUUUGAUUUCUAAUGUUUGCAUCACUUGCUUUUUAAGUAAUUUAUUAAAAGCUGAAAAAAAAAUGAUAAUGUAAUUAACUGGUUUUUAAAAAGGUCAUAAUCAAGAGAAAAUAUACCUCCUUUGAAGACCAAUGUUUUUACCUCAGUGUGUAGCCUAGAUCUGAUUUGUUUACUCCAGGUUUGCGAAUUUUAUUUCUAUGAAAUGCUAAAUUGAAGAGAAGAAGGAAAAAAAAAGCGAAUUUUGUUGAUAGCAUUUGUAUUUGUGUUCUGUGUCUGUUCCAGUCUGUUCCUCCUCCUACCAUGACCUGUAGAUAACUUUUAGUUUGUCUAAAUUGUAAGUGCUUUACUGAUGUCAAACCCCUUUGUCCUUUUUAAAGAAAUGCUCUUUCUCUAUGCUAUGUAAAAUGCCUUGUGUACUUUUCUUUAAAAUGAUAUAUAAUGUAUGUAAUGAAAACAGAAUGGACUGAGAAGUGGUUGAACUUGGAAAAGGACUCUUAUCUUAUAGAGCUGGCUUGUCCUCUGGAUCCCUGUACUAUCAGAGGCCGACAUGUUGCAUUUGUAUUGCCCAGUAGCACUAAACUUGAAGUGCCCUGAGCAGGAGCUGUUGAAGCACCUUCACUACGCCCUGUUGCAGUGUGGUUCGUAGCAUAUACUCCCAGAUGCCCCUCACACGAAGGGAUUGGAAAGGUCAUUCUGAGCGUUUGGGCAGGGUGAGGCAAAGGGCACCAGAUAGCUGCAUAUUCAUGGAUGGAUCCAUGCCACACUGGGGUCAGAUCUGUCCCACAGUCCACUGCUAUGUGGGAAGCUGUACCAGAAUUAGUGUCCCUGAAGGUGUUCCACAGCUCCUGUGUAGGGUCCCUCAGUCAAGCAUUACCGAUGUUCUUUGUUUUUGUUUUAUUUUUAAGAUGUAAGAUGAACGAUCAACAUAGGAACCUAGCAGAGUGAAGCUGAUGCUGUUGCACUCUAACCUAGUGGACUAGGAAGUGGUGUGAAUAAAAUCCAUUCAAGUUUUUCAGCAA